CAUCAGGUUCUGUUUGCUAUGGCCCGGCGAUCGAAUCCACCCAGACGCGUACGGCGAAAGCUUGACCCUCCAGCUUCCUCGACAAGUGCCUCCUCGAGCCGGGUAUCGGACGAGGAUGACGUUCAUCUGCGACACUCUCCACGGCUAGAGCAAAAUGUCCCUCCUGCCAGUAAAAUUAUACUAUGCCUCGACUAUGGGACGACCUUGACUUCCAUCUCAUAUAUCACCUUCGAUCCCAAUAACCCUCCCACAGACGUCCACCCAAGAGGUAUCCGAUCCAUUGCGAACUGGCCGCGGGCCCGUCGAUUCGUUCACCCAGGGAGCCCAUUUGUGCCCAGUGAAAGCUGGUAUCGUGACGGGAAAUUCCUGUGGGGUCAUGAUGUGCAAUAUACGCUACAUACUCUAUCAGAAAAUGAUGAUACAGAGUCGAUAGAUUGCAUCGUUCAACUUCCGAAGCUGUUGCUGGAUGAUGACGGGGGGGACCUAGACAAUGACCAGCUGGCACAGCCGAGGAAGGCACUCCGCAAUGUAGGUAAAACUGCCAGAGACGCUAUUCGAGACUAUCUUAUGAAAGUCUUCAAGCAUGCUCGUAGUCAACUGGGGGAAAAAGAGGGUUUCAAUAACACUUGGGAGGUCGAGCUAGCACUAUGCGUGCCAUCCAAGUGGUCAACAUAUGCACAGCUCACAAUGCAGGAAAUUAUGCUUGAGGUAGUGGAUAAAACGGACAUGAGCGGGAGGGAGUUCUCAAUGUUUAUCAUUGAUGAACCUGAGGCUGCAGUGACCUUUGCACUGUGCCACGAGAACAUCGAAGAGGUUAUUACGAAGGGGACUAACUUCGUCGUCUGCGAUGCUGGAGGUGGUACUGUCGAUGCGAUCAGCUACACAGUACGGCAAAAGGACCCCGUCAGAUUCGAUGAAAUAGCCAUGCCAGCCGGGAAGGACUGCGGUUCGAGCUAUAUCAACCAAGCUUUUAUUAAGGAGUCUAGAGAAAGACUAGCACACAUCAUUGAACUGGGCAGGGAGCCCAUGUUGUCCAAGGAAGCAGUGAUUCAAGAAGAUCUAGUUCGAAAGUUCGAGCAGGAGCAAAAACGAAACUACGACCCGGGAGACUGGGAGGAGGACGAGGACGAGACUAUUAGUCUGCGCCUUCUUGGGCUAAGGCAAGACUCAGCGAGGAAUUUUGGCACUGGGAUGUUUUACAUCACGAAGGACCAAAUGAAUAACUACUUCAGGCGAAGCCUGGAUGGAACUGUGGAUUUGAUCGCCGAACAGCUGAAGCAACUUAAUGGCCAAGACGUCACGGCCAUUCUCCUACUUGGUGGAUUUUCUCGAUCGCCGGCUCUGAAGCGUCGCCUCAACGACUCUUUCGGCCGAGAUAGACUUAAACUAACGGUUUAUCCAAGAGACUUGACUACCGCAGUAUCCCGGGGCGGCGUCCUUCGUGCGCUAAAUAAGGAGGACGGCCCACGACGGAAGCUUAGGCUGAAUCUCGGAGUAUGUCUCAGUGAACUAUACAACGCGAGGUUUAAGGGACAUAGAAAAGUCCAUUUCUUUGAUCACCCUCUAAUUCAAAAGAGGUAUAUUAGUAAUUGUAUUUACUGGGUUAUUCGGAAGAACCAAAUUCUCGACGAGGGGGAGUCUACGGAAAUUUGCAUGCAUCGCGCAUUCAAACCAGGAGAGGAGAUGACUGCUUAUGAGACUUUAUAUUUCUCAGACGGGCCGGUCCACCAACAUUACCGCAUAGAUGACAAGAUGAACUCUGGCCAUCGUAUAGCGGGAUUUGUUGAAGCAUCCCUUGAAAGUCUUCGAACGAGGAACAUGCUAGAGGAGAGAAUUAACGAUGUGGGAGAUGUGUACUAUGAAGUUCAUUAUAGUAUCAAACUGGAAGUGAAUGGCCGCAAUAUCAAGGCAACGAUUCAUUGCCCUCCAGGCCAAGAGGUCCAAGGUCAAGCACAAAUUUGCAUUGCCGCUGCCUUUCGACCUGGGACGAACUAA